AAAAAAAUGGAAUGUAUGCACCGCCCAUUCGUCUCAUUCGUAAACUGCUAUUGGUUGUUUGACUGCCACUCUCCGGCUUUUUCCAAGACCUCCACCACCAGUCGCGUCGCCAGGAUUCCCCCUCCCCCUCAGUUUACGUGCAGGACUCGACGCUUACGUCAAGACGCUCGUGAGCUUCCCCCAAAAAAAAAAAAAAAAAAAAAAUGUUUAGGACUGUUAAGCGCUCUGGGAGCUGAGGAUUCUUUCAAGAAGAGGUGAAAAUAAGAAGAUAUAUAGGAUAAGCUGACAUCUGCUCCGUCUCUUCAAUAAGACAAUAGAUUACUUUUCUGUCUUUUGUGUUUUUCCCUUCCACUCGUGCGACUGGUGGCGUUUCCAGGUUUUGAAUCUUAGGUCAAUCCUAAGGGAAAGUUAAUCUCGUCUGCCUUUCGGAGUGAUGUCGAAUCCCGGGACACGAAGAAAUGGGUCGAGCAUUAAAAUCCGCCUUACAGAACAAGAGAACAUAAUUUGAAUAUUUGUUACAUGCUACAGUGUUUGGGACUACUGCUUCAUGGACCUAGCAUCCAGGAUUCAAAUCCUGCAUUUGACUGUUGAAUCUGGGGAUUUUUCAUGCUCUCCCUUUGUCCAGUUUUAUGUGCCAAGAACCUGGCAAAGAAAGAUUUCUUUAGGUUACCAGAUCCUUUUGCCAAAGUAGUAGUUGAUGGAUCAGGUCAAUGCCACUCAACUGAUACAGUAAAGAGCACAUUAGACCCAAAGUGGAACCAGCACUAUGAUCUGUACAUUGGAAAAACUGACUCCAUAACCAUCAGCAUUUGGAAUCACAAAAAGAUACACAAAAAACAGGGGGCUGGCUUCCUCGGCUGUGUGAGACUCUUAUCAAAUGCUAUCAGCAGACUGAAAGACACUGGUUAUCAGCGUCUGGAUCUAUGCAAACUAAAUCCAACUGAUAAUGAUACAGUUCGUGGUCAAAUUGUAGUAAGUUUACAGACUCGUGACAGGAUAGGUACUGGUGGACCUGUUGUGGAUUGCAGAGGACUUUUAGACAAUGAAGGACCAGUUUAUGAAGACUCGGGACCAGGAAGGCCUCUUAGCUGUUUUCUGGAGGAGCCCUUGCCAUAUACAGACAGUACAGGUGCUGCUGGUGGAGGAAACUGCCACUUUCUGGAAUCACCUAAUCAGGAGCAAAGGCUUCAAACAGAUCGGCUACGAAAUCAAGACGUUAGAGGUCAUGUGUAUACUCCUCAGCAUAGACCACAUGGGCAUCAGUCACCAGAGCUGCCUGAGGGUUAUGAGCAGAGAACAACAGUACAGGGUCAAGUUUACUUCCUGCACACACAGACCGGAGUCAGCACAUGGCACGAUCCAAGAAUACCCAGAGAUCUGAACAGUGUUAGCUGUGAAGAUUUAGGUCCAUUGCCACCUGGCUGGGAAGUCCGAAGUACGGUGUCUGGAAGGAUCUAUUUUGUUGACCACAAUAACCGAACAACUCAAUUUACUGAUCCAAGAUUGCAUCAUAUAAUGAGUCAGCAUUCUCAGGUAAAGGAAUCAAGCCAACAGCUACCUGUACCAACUGAUGUGCCUCCAGAAGACAGUGAAGUUGAAGUGCCUGCACGCUAUGAGAGAGACUUGGUUCAAAAACUGAAAUUUUUGAGGCAUGAACUCUCUCUUCAGCAGCCACAAGCCGGUCAUUGUCGCAUUGAAGUUUCUAGAGAGGAGAUUUUUGAGGAGUCUUACCGACAAAUAAUGAAAAUGAGACCUAAAGACCUGAAGAAGCGACUUAUGGUAAAAUUUAGGGGUGAAGAAGGCCUGGAUUAUGGUGGAGUUGCAAGGGAAUGGUUAUAUCUCCUGUGCCAUGAAAUGUUAAAUCCAUAUUAUGGACUGUUUCAGUAUUCAACAGAUAACAUCUACACGCUUCAGAUCAAUCCUGACUCCUCAAUUAAUCCAGAUCAUUUGUCAUACUUCCACUUUGUGGGUCGUAUAAUGGGCCUGGCUGUUUUUCAUGGACAUUAUAUUAAUGGAGGGUUUACAUUACCUUUCUACAAGCAGCUACUGGGAAAACCAAUACAGUUAUCAGAUCUGGAAACUGUUGAUCCAGAGUUGCACAAGAGUUUGGUUUGGAUUCUUGAAAAUGACAUCACCUCAGUGCUAGAUCAUACAUUUUGUGUGGAACACAAUGCUUUUGGUAAAUUUCUACAACAUGAACUUAAACCAAAUGGUAGAAAUAUUGCAGUUACGGAGGAAAAUAAAAAAGAGUAUGUAAGAUUGUAUGUAAAUUGGAGGUUCAUGAGAGGAAUCGAGGCACAGUUUCUAGCUUUACAAAAAGGAUUUAAUGAGCUGAUUCACCAACAUUUACUAAAAGCAUUUGAUCAUAAGGAACUAGAGCUUAUCAUUGGAGGCCUUGGCAAGAUAGAUCUCAAUGACUGGAAAGCCAACACUCGCCUGAAGCAUUGCGUUGCUGAUAGCAACAUUGUCAAGUGGUUUUGGCAAGCGGUGGAAGCUUUUGAUGAGGAGAGAAGAGGGCGGUUGCUUCAAUUUGUCACAGGCUCCACUCGUGUUCCCCUUCAGGGAUUCAAGGCACUCCAAGGUUCUACAGGUUCUGCAGGACCCCGGUUGUUUACUAUUCAUCUGAUAGAUGCAAACACAGACAACCUGCCGAAAGCUCAUACUUGUUUUAAUCGUAUUGAUAUUCCUCCAUAUGAAACGUAUGAAAAGCUCUAUGAGAAACUCCUUACUGCUGUAGAAGAAACCUGUGGGUUUGCUGUAGAGUGAACAGAGGAACCAGCCGAAGCAGUAAACUACCGGUAACCAAAAAGAGAAAAAAAAAUAAAAAAGAGCAAGAGAGAAAGUACAGGAAUGUCCUGUGAGCUUCCUGCUGAGCAGAGUGAAAAACCGCCAGUCAAGCCUGGAAACAAAACCAGGGUCGGACGAAAGCAAGCCGCUGUCUGAGCACAAAUGAUAAAAUGGCGGGCUGAAGGACUUCAGGAUAUUCUUGUAAGGAAUGAAAAUGCCCUAUCAGAACAAAUACGUGUGCAGCAGGACUUUGCCAUCGUUAUGCUAGUCAGUCAUUCUGAUCAAGGCACUUUGGGCUGCUGAACUUCAUUAGUGGCUUAUUUUACAACAUUCUGACAGUUUUUUUUUGAAUGCAAGAUUAUUUUUAAACUAAUAACAUUUGCCCACGAGUACUAUCCAAAGUAUAGAGACUGAUCUCGUAAGGAACUCGAUUCUCGGUUCACAAACUGAAUGCUCGGCUUUACGUCUUAAUUGUAAUCUGUGUUUGUCUUUUGUUUUUGAAAUUUAGUUACAAGCCAAUGACCAAAUAUACACAUUUCUUGCAGGAAUGUAUCUUUUUUUUUUUUUUUUUUUUUUAAACUUUCACUAUAAACUUUUGAGGGCAGUAGAGAGUGUUACAGCAUUCACCCAUCCAGUCGAAGUCGAUGGUGAAGCAGGAGGCAUCAGACAUGCCUUAACUAGACAAUUUCUACUUGUGCUUAGACUUUUUGGCAGCCCAAAUUGUAUUUUGCAAAGUUCACAAUGAUCUACAGUACAAAGAAUUGCACACUAAAUAUUGUGACUUUCUUGGGGUCCGAAAUGAGAUGCACCUUUGCAGGAAUCUCACAGUUUUAAUUCAAGUAGAAAAUGGCAGCUUUUAUUUAAUUUUUUUUUUUUUUUUAUAUAAUCUUAUGUUUUCUGUCUUGAGGUUUUUACGCUUGAAUUCUUGUAUAAUGAUUUGCACACAGGGACAGUCCUAAUGCCCAUUCAUAUUUCUUACUAUGUUAUUUAUACUUUCUCACUAAUGUAUAAUAUAUAUUAUAUGUAUAAAAAAAGUGCUAAAAUCAGAAUGUGUGUUGUGGCAGAUGGUUGACAAUUAUUGUGGAUGUGUAGAACCAAAUUAAAUUAAUCUUAAAGCUGUUUAUAAAUAUAUAAAUAUAUUUUUUAACCAAGCAAGAAUUUUGAAAAUAUGAAAAUUCUGGCAUAAAGGGAAGCAAAGUGCAGCUACUGAACACUGCUACAGAUAAUGAAUAUAUCUUUUUAAAGAUUGUCUAGCCUUAAAAUAUUCUUUUAGAAAUUGGCACCACACUAAACCAGUGGCACAAAAGUGUUUCAAUUUCCUUUUUUAACCUUUAAAUUUUAGUUGGCCACUCAUUUAAAAAAUGUAUAAUAGUAAUGGCUAUGUAAUGGUUUUUAUCUGGCUUUUUUUCCCAGAUCAAAUAGCAGUACCUCAGUUCUUUGUUACUAUGUAUAGUGUAUUUUAUUUUUGUAUUUUAUAUUUGCACAAAAAGGGAAGCAGUAUUUUUUAACAAUUCAGACUAAUCGUAAGGUCAAGAACAAAUUCUUGCCAGAUCUGUUUACCCAUAUUGUGUGGCGGGGCCUAGAGAGGUAGAUCAGAAUCACAAGAGCAUGGGGUUUGAAUGUCACCAAAGUUGUAGCAGUAAUGCAACUAAAGAAGGAUCCCAUCACAGUUGUGACAUCGGAGCAAACAAAUCCAAGUUAUCCUGCAAACACAAUGCCAAAAGGAGUAGCUACACAAUAGAGUAGGUUUAGGAAACAACCAUUCACGCCCUGAACACAUGUAGGCCCUAUCACACUUCUGUUAGUAGAAAAGGAAAAAAACUCUGGCAGGUAGAGUUAGAGCAUGAAAGAGGGUCCACGGUUUCAAAGUACAGUGCUUGACACUGCGUUCUCUUUUGUUUUAUUAUUAUUUUAUUUUUUUUAAACCAUUCAAAAUGAGCCAGCAAAGUGUUUCACAACCACUUGAGUUUGUUGUUUGUUUUUUUUUUUUUAAACUAAUUUAUUACUCUGUAAUGUCCUUAUAUGUAUUGCUGCUAUCAUUGUUAUCCUCUUGUUCUAUUUUAAGGCUUGUUUAUUAAAACUGUACACUAAUCUCCUUGUUUUAUGUACAAAUCAAAGUUAAAAACUUUCUGCUGCUAUUAAACUAGGUAAGGUAUAAGACGUUGCUUGGAACCAGCUGGAAUUAGCAGUGAAUUAAAGGCUCAAUGGUAUGGGUGCACUUUUAUGUUUGUGAUAUAUGCAAUAAAAACUGACAUCUUUAUAAA